AGGUAGCAUUUGUCUUUUGUACUUUUUCUUUAAGUCCUAAAGGACAAAGCACUAAAGUUAUGAUACACUUCUUGUUAUGUAACAGUUUUACCUGUGCUGUAAGAGUGUGAUAGGAAAGCAUAUUGUAAAAGUUGUAAAAGAUUAGCAGAACUCUCACUGAGAGAUAAGCAGAGUUAUAGCACAUUGUCUGUACUGGAAGCUGUCCUGGAAAUAGCAGACAAGUUAAUGAAGUUGUUAAUCAGUGGGAUAAAUUUAACUUUGGUCUUCAGGCCAAAUCACAAAGUUCUUAUGAAGAAUUUAGACAGGUGCAGGAGUGAGACGUUUGGUUAAAAAAAAAAUCAGAAGACUAGCACAAAAUAUUCAUAAUAUGUCAAUUAAGAUGCUGUCUCAUGCUUCCUGAGAUACAGAGACCAGGGUUUAAACAUUAAUGGGCAUUGUUUAAAGGUCAUCCCUCUGGCAGCAUCACCAUACUGAAUGCCUGCUCCCUGAAAAUGGCUGAUUUUGGAGAGAUCCUCCGGAGUAUUGGAGAGUUUGGAUUAUUUCAGAAGAUCACUCUUUUUGCUCUUUGUUUCCCAAAUGCUAUUCUGCCUUUUCACUUUGCCAGUGUACUUUUUACUCAGUCAGAUCCAGAGCGACACUGUAACACAGACUGGAUCCUCAGUUCUGAUCCUAACCUGACCACAGAGGAGCAGUUGAACCUGACUCUGCCCCGGGAAGAGGAUGGGACGUUCAGCAGGUGUCGGAUGUUUGUCCCGGUGGACUGGAACAUUGAUGCCAUCAGGGAGUAUGGACUCAAUGAAACCACACGGUGCCAGAAUGGGUGGGUGUACUACAACACGCUGUAUGAGGCCACCAUAGUCACAGAUUUUGAUCUAGUUUGUGACCAGGCUAAUAUGUUGGAAGUGGCACAAGCAGUGUUGAUGGCUGGCAUUCUUGUUGGUUGUCUCUUAUUUGGACCUUUUGCUGAAUCAUUUGGUCGUAAACGAGCAGCUCAGAUUCCAGUCAUUCUGUUGGUUAUAUUUACUCUUACAACUGGAUAUUGUCCCAACUUCUACCUAUAUUUGGGUUCUCAGUUCAUGGUGGGAAUUGGCUAUGGAGGUUAUCGUCUGAAUGGAGUCAUAUUGGCCACUGAGUGGAUUGGGGUGUCCAGAAGAUCAUGGGGAGCAUGCAUAACUCAGCUAUUUGGUGCAGUUGGACAGUGUGUCCUCGCUGGCAUGAUCUACGCCAUCAGAGACUGGAGAAUGGCUCAACUAAUCACAGCUGCUGUACAUGCAGUGAUUGCUAUUUACAUAUGGUUUAUUCCAGAGUCAGCCAGGUGGCUAUUGGGCAGAGGAAGGAUUGAAGAGGCUAAACAGCUGAUUACCAAAGUGGCAGCCAUCAACAAACGCCCUGUCCCAGAGUCUCUGUUGGAAAAGAUUGUUGAGAAAGAAACUGAGAAAAAGGGAGGCAUAAUAAUUCUUAUCCAAUCAUCUGUGCUUAGGAAGUAUUUCUUUACCAUAAUAUUGGCAUGGUUUUCAUUGAACGUUACCUACUACUGCCUUUCAUUCAAUGUGGGGAAUUUUGGCAUGGACAUCUUCCUGACGCAGCUCAUAUUUGGUCUGACUGAACUACCAGCUCAUAUACUUUGCAUCUGGCUGUUAGAAGCAGUGGGGAGAAAAAUUUCACUGAUGUCAACUCUUCUGAUUGGGGGAUUCUUGUGCAUAUUAAUCCUAGCUGUUCCUCAAGGUAAUGCUGUUGCUGUGACCAGUUUGGUAACCACAGGACGUUUUUUGAUAAACUGGGCAGGGUCGGUGUGCAAUGUGUAUGUUCAGGAGUUGUUCCCAACAUCUUUUCGACAAACAGCCUCUGGUUUGGGUUCCAUUGCGAGCAGAGCUGGUGGUUUGUUGUCUCCACUUCUCAACAUGUUGGCCAUGUACCACCAGUCCAUACCCACCAUAGUUUUCAGCAGCCUUACACUGAUCAGUGGAGCUCUCUGCUUCCUGCUUCCUGAGACCAGAAGAAAAGAGCUUCCUGAUUCAACUGAGGAGGCUGAGAGCAACAGAAAUAAGACCACCCCAAAGAAGCAAAGUGAAGCAAACAAGUGUACAGAAAUCAAAUCUACCCAUCUGUAGUCUGAUUACUGCUGUAUCUGACCAGGGAUGGUUCUAACAAUUAAUUUCAUGGAUAUUAAAUAUGAAGUUAAAACUUAGACUUCAAGUUUAAAAGUAAAAGAACACUCAGAUAACAGAAAAUAGAGUAUAGUUUAAUCCAUAAGGUUAAAUGUGACCAAAAAAAAAAAAAAUCAAUUUGAAACCUGAAAUUAAUCACUUUUUUCAGUAUCUUAACAUCUUAGAUGUAAUUUUUUUAUAGGUAGCAUUUGACUAAGAUAUGACAUUUCAGUACAAAAUAUUUUAUGUAAUUUUAAUGUGUACCGCAGUGAAUAAGCCUAUACUUAAAGCCACUGAGAAGUUGUAUAGACAAGCUAAUAC